AUGAAUAUCAACGAUUACAAGAACUGGUCCAAAGAUGAACUUCUCCAAUGGUUCACUGAGCAAACCAAAGAGGACGUGAAGGUUCAAGCGAAGAUACUCCACCAGCAAGACAUCAAAGGAGCUGAUCUUCCUCUCACCAGCGCCAACUUGAAGGAAGUUGGCUGUACUCUUGGCCAGGCCAAUGCUGUACUCCGAGUUCUUGAGCAACUCCCCCUUGUCCCAGCUGCCGGUGCUACAGGAGGAGCUGGCCAUGCAAAUGUGUUUGGGUCAUUCGCACAAGAAACAUACCAGACUGAAGGUAUCGAUAUUGAAUCGGUGACCAUCACUAAACGUACCGAGACACUAAAUGAGGUGUAUCGCCAAUUGUCGGAGAAGAGAGUACUGUUGCUUCGCUCCCCUCCAUUCAGUGGUAAGACAUCAUUCUGUACUCUUCUCUCUCAAUACCUGCAAUCAAUGUCAGUGGAUGUCAUCAAGUACCGAUUGAGGCUUCCGCCCGUGGCCAUGGAUGACGAGAUGGUAUUCUUCAAACAGGACUGGGAACAUAUCACCAAGCAAUCGUGGGAAUACUGGCUUGACCAAGGUACAGCAACAAGGGCGAGAUUCAUCAUCAUUGACGAGGCACAGAUCGCCUACAGAAAGGACUACAUGUCAUUCUGGCUCAGGAUCAAGGAGUUGAUGGACGUCAAGAACAAUGCACUCAUUCAUAUCCUUUUGGUGGCAACCUAUGGCGAUGCUGAGACUGACAGAGCAACACCAGUCGAAUUCGGAGUCAACAACUCUCUUGACCUCUCAGAUUUGCUUCUGACAAGAUCAGAGUUUCUUGAACUCGUCACAAACUUCAACGACAACCAUAACAGGACGUCAGGGGUCACCCUCAAUGGAGAUGCUCUUGAAUACUUGUGGAAGAUCACGAGGGGACAUGUUGGCAUCAUCAGACUGGCUCUUCAACUACUGGACACAUUUGCAGCUGACAAAAAGUCACCAUUGGACUCUGAUGACAUCAUCUUCUAUUUCAUCUCUCUUCCAUUCAACAUGAGGAUUGCAGAAACUCGUGCAAUCCCCAAGCAACAACUCAGUGACGCAGAGACCGACAUCGUCAGUUCUAUUCUCUUGACCAAGGGAGCUCCCUUCAAGCAUACAUACGAGUCUACCAGUUCACAACUUGAGGCACUCAAACACCUCAUCAAAAUAGGUGUUCUUGUCGAUAUUACCCUCGAUCGACACUUCACCAAACUCUACUUUGCCUCGCCAAUCUUCCGUGGUAUCUACUUCAUCAGGUGCUUUGGAGCACAGCUUGUCGGCAAGGCGUCAUUGGUGUCUCUCAAAGAAUACAUCAAAACUGUACUCGAAAGAAUCGACCACAAAUCUAUCAAGACGACAUAA